ACCAGUCCAACCACCAACAUAUUGUCAACAUCAGCUAUGUCACAAUCCACUUUGGAGAUGUCUUCAAUUGAGAUGACUACUAAAGAACAUGGUUCCACAAGCCAAUCUUCAACUAAAAGUACAACUGUGGUGUCAACCGCAGAAGAUAAUCUUUCCUCAUCAUUCACAACUACAAACUCCCCAAAGACAAUUGAAUCAGUGACAUUCGCCUCCACCACAGCCAUAACAUUCCAACCUGUUGUUACAAGAGAAGACAUAACUGCUACUCAAACCCAAAGCACAUCAAUCCCUACCUCAAUGGAGUCUCACACGAUUGAACAUACGAGUCCAACCAACAAUAUAUUGCCAACAUUAGGUAUGUCACGAUCCACUUUGGAAAUAUCUUCAACUAAGAUGACUACUGAUGAACAUGGGUCCACAAGUAUAGGCCAACCUUCAAUGGAAAGUACAACUGUGGUCUCAACCGCAGAAGAGCGUCUUUCCACAUCAUUCACAGCUACAAACUCCCCAAAGACAAUUGAAUCAGUGACGUCCACCUCCACAACAGCCAAAACAUUCCAACCUGUUGUUACAAAAGAAGACAUAACUGCUACUCAAACCCAAAGCACAUCAAUCCCUACCUCAAUGGAGUCUCAAAAAACUGAAUACACCAGUCCAACCACCAACAUAUUGUCAACAUCAGCUAUGUCACAAUCCACUUUGGAGAUGUCUUCAAUUGAGAUGACUACUAAAGAACAUGGUUCCACAAGCCAAUCUUCAACUAAAAGUACAACUGUGGUGUCAACCGCAGAAGAUAAUCUUUCCUCAUCAUUCACAACUACAAACUCCCCAAAGACAAUUGAAUCAGUGACAUUCGCCUCCACCACAGCCAUAACAUUCCAACCUGUUGUUACAAGAGAAGACAUAACUGCUACUCAAACCCAAAGCACAUCAAUCCCUACCUCAAUGGAGUCUCACACGACUGAACAUACGAGUCCAACCAACAAUAUAUUGCCAACAUUAGGUAUGUCACGAUCCACUUUGGAAAUAUCUUCAACUAAGAUGACUACUGAUGAACAUGGGUCCACAAGUAUAGGCCAACCUUCAAUGGAAAGUACAACUGUGGUCUCAACCGCAGAAGAGCGUCUUUCCACAUCAUUCACAGCUACAAACUCCCCAAAUACAAUUGAAUCAGUGACGUCCACCUCCACAACAGCCAAAACAUUCCAACAUGUUGUUACAAGAGAAGACAUAACUGCUACUCAAACCCAAAGCACAUCAAUCCCUACCUCAAUGGUGUCUCACACGACUGAACAUUCGAGUCCAACCAACAAUAUAUUAUCAACAUCAGGUAUGUCACAAUCCACUUUGGAAAUAUCUUCAACUAAGAUGACUACUGAUGAACAUGGGUCCACAAGUAUAGGACAACCGUCAAUGGAAAGUACAACUGUGGUCUCAACCGCAGAAGAGAGUCUUUCCACAUCAUUCACAGCUACAAACUCCCCAAAAACAACUGAAUCAGUGACAUCCACCUCCACAACAGCCAAAACAUUCCAACCUGUUGUUACAAGAGAAGAUGUAAAUGCAACUCAAACCCAUAGCACAUCAAUCCCUACCUCAAUGGAGUCUCAAAAACUGAAUACACCAGUCCAACCACCAACAUAUUGUCAACAUCAGGGUCGACCACAGAAAGGAGACCGUCAUCUCAAAGCGAGACGAUGA